ACGACCAAGCAUAGUGUGUUACCUGUGCUGUAAUGCCAGUCAUAAGCUGAUCUGAGCAUAAUGCGCAAUAACUCAUAAUGCAAAUACACUAAUAGGAUAUGCGCUGAUGAGUAGAUCCAUAAAAAUAGAACAAGCCUGAGAAGAGGUGGACUGUCCGACUGUCAUCCCUCCGACCGCACAACCUGCUGCUGGAGCUCUGGAGUCUGAGGUUCACACCAUCCUCAAGAGCCUGAGCCAGGAUGAGGAGGCUUCUAGUUCAAAUCCUGUUCACCAGCGUGGUCGUGUUGUGUUCCCUCGACUCUCCGCCGCUGAGUGAAGACAUGCUGAGAAAGCUGUCUGCAGCUGGGGAGGAGUAUGUGGAUGAGGAAAUAAAGCAGGCUAUACUUGGAGUGAAGCAGGUGAAAGAAAUGAUGGGGAGGAAGGAGGAGAUGCACAGGCAGCUGAUUCACGCCCUCAGACAGAGCAGCGACAAGAAGAUGGGGGUGACGCAGCUGGCCAAGGAAACGGAGCAGAAACUGGAGGAGGCCGAGCAGAAGUGUCGAGAUUUAACCAAAUCUUCAUUCAGACGGUGUCAACCUUGUCUGGAAGAUUCCUGUAAGGCCUUCUACACUUCAACGUGUCGCCGCGGCUACGCCUCUUUCUCAUUCAAGGUGGAGGAGUUUUUUAGGAAAAUGGCUGCCCAGUUGGAAGCCACGGAGGACGUCCACGAUGAACAGCGGGGGGAUCCAGGUGCAACCCCCUCAGCUGAGAACCAGGUCACAGAGGAUGAGAUGGAUCUGGAGGUGCUGCAGGCCGAAGGCUCGUUCAGUCAGCUGCUGGCCGACACCAGCCUCCUGUCCAAUCACAGCAUCGCUGUGGCCAGGAGGAUGGAGCAGGUGUUUGGGCAGUCCUUUCUAGCAGGCCUCACCUCCGACCUCCAGCAAAACUUAUUGCAGGUAGAUCCGAGUGGUGGCUUCUUCAAGGCUUUGGGCUUCGAUCACAUCCUUGAGUCAGCGUUUGACCUUGGGAGGGAUGUCCUGGAGGACAUCAGCUCCACGGUGGCCGAUGUGUUUGGAGAGAUUCAAGAAGCUGAAGAAUACUUGCAGCAAUCAGGCAGAGAUGCAGGCUUGCGCUCUGCUUAUGAACAGCCUCCGAGCAGAUAUCUGUGCAGACGGCUGCGCAGACAAGUAUCGGAGUGCUGGCAGCUCCGAGACUUGUGUGAGGCCUGCAAAAAUGAUCUCAUCAAAGACUGUCCCCUGGUGCAGCAGCUCCACUCUGAGCUGGACGACAUGCACACGCUGCUGAACGCCUCCCGCCAGCAGUACAACCACAGGCUGCAGCUGCUCCGCAGGCACACUGCAGACACCCAGAGGUGGCUGCACAGCAUGCAGGACGACUACGGCUGGCUUAGCCAGCUGUCCAACACCACUCUGGACCCGGGGAACAUCUUUAGUGUGAUCACAGUGAAUCCACAGCAGCAGAUGAAGAAUAACCAACUAACAUCAGACAGCAGUGUGGUCGUCUCCAUACUGGGCUCCACCCCAUUGACUGUACUGGUCCCAGCAGAUCUGGUCGUGGAUGACCCUGCCUUCAUCCAACAUGUUACCCAGGGAGCUCUAACGCGGCAAAAACAGCAGAUAAUAGGUAAGGAUCCCUCUGCUGACCCCAACUCCACCAUCUCGCAGAUCUCCAACUAUGAAUUCAAGUGA